UCAACCACUUAUUUGUUGUAUGGAAAGAAUGUGAAGAUUGUAAUAAAGACUCCCCCUUUAUUUAACUUAGAUUUCAGUGCUCACUCCUUCCAAAUAUACUCUUUUUGCUGUCCCUUUUGAAUGAUAUACUCAGAUCAUCAUCUUUAUACUUCUCUUGAGUCUUGACUCCUCAUCUUUUGCCAGAGAAACCCUUCUUAAUUCUACAGCCAUGGUUGUAACACAGGAGCAUGAGGAACCUAGUGGAUGGCCACUGGGACUUGAAAACAUGAACAUAAGGCUUAGAGUGGCUGAGAGAUCUCAGGUUGUAACAGCUGCAGCUGCAACAGAAGAAGCAGCAUACCGUUUGUACAUAUCUUCACCUAGUUUCUCAUCCUUUACAUCCUCCAACCUUGACACUGAGUCCACAAUGUCUUUCUUUCAAGAUCAAAGUGUUUCUCUAGGCCGACUUAUCGGAAUCAGACCAGUAAACAGAGGAAAAUCAGACUUUCGAAACAGAGUCCACCUUGAGAAAAAUGAGAAUGUUUCAACUAGACGAUCAGAGUCGGAGGAUUACAAGUUCCAAGAAGGGGAUAUGUCACAGAAACUUUGUGUUCCAUUGCUACAUAAUGUGUUAGAGAAGAUGAGUCGUAAUAAGAGUAAUUCACCUAAACAUUGAGUUUUCUCACAAUUUAGGACAGUCGGCAGUCACCAAAAUGAUUGUGACACUAGACUGAUGUUUUUUGUUUUUCUCUUUGUAUUUUGCUAAUAAAAUUGUACCUAGCGAGUAAAAUAACACAGAAUUGUUAACAGUUGUAUAUGGAUUAAACCUUCAUGCAAUUGUAAACAACAGAUUCUUAUGGUUA